AUGCCUUCGACUCUGAGCAGUGUCGCGGGGACCAGACUCGGGCUCUGUGCGGACAUAUCGGCGCGAUCUCUCUGGAUAUACGAUUACCUACAGACAUUCUCCGUCGAGGUUCAAGCUAUCUGGCUUCGCAAGUUGUCUGUUAUGUCAAUCGUCUUCCUCUUGAACCGAUACAUGAUGCUACUUUCCAUCGUCGCUAGCCUCUAUGAAGAUGCUCCUGGUUCAGGGUCAAUGCGAAGAUGCAACUACGUGUUUCACGUGAAGUACCUCACUGGCGUCUUUACGGUGGCAUGCACGAGCGUCGUGUUUGUCAUGCGAAUUCAUGCUCUGUACGGCGAUAAACGAUGGAUUUCCGUGGUCGCGUCGCUACCAAUUCUUGGCAGGAUUGGCAUCGACUUCUGGUCAUUGUCCUACCUUGCUCAAUUCGCCGCAAUCAUCAACGCAUACUACGCUUUAACGCCAAACAUGCUCGCUAGCAGGCUGGUCCUCAACCUCCGCAUCUAUAAAGUUCCUUCAGACCCAGUACUGAUGUCAGAUCCCGACUCUUCCUCAAGAGUGAUAUCUGAGAUUAGGUUCCCGCCAGAGUCGAAUGCACGUCAGAAAGAUCCAGGACAGUGUCGUGUUUCCGGGAACACAGGCGCGCCACCUGAUCACGUCCAGUGGCAGAGUAGCCCCUGCACAGACUCCAUGGAAGGUUGUCGGACGUCGGACGGAUGCCAUGGAUCUAGGCUGGUCUCACGGUCUGGUCCUCCACGCUUUCUCCGCCCUGCAAUUUCGGCAGAACUCGUUAUGGAUGUCGAUGACGCUGCAGACGGUUCCUGCCAGGCUUUGUGCUCCGGGAUCGUCGAACGAGUAUUCAAGUCCAGAGCUUCCUGGUCUACUCCUGCCUCGAUUAAUAGGUUGGGCUCUUGA